GUAUGUGUAUCCAAGCUGACCUACUGAUAACGAAUAUUUAUUGCAUACGACAUUGAACGUAAAAUAAGAGAGUGGUAACAUCAUUCCCUGGAUUUCUUUCUGGAUUAUACAACGGCUGAAGAAAGUCGGCUUGGCAAUGUUUCGUUGGUUGAUAUUCCUAUGUUUGUGUUUGUUUACUAAUGGGCAUUCAAGGAAAGUUUACCUUGAUGAAUACUGCGGGAAGACUUUACACAUUCAAGGACCCUGGAUGCGUAUGAAGCUGACAAGAAGGGAAAACUACUUAAACAACUUCAACUGCAAAGCCACUAUAAUUUCUCCAGAAAUGACACCUUCAGGGAACCCCUCUCGCCUAAUGGUGGUCGUUGACAAACUAGAAACAAAAUGUCCAGGAGACAGACUCAGCCUGGCGAACGGAAAUACCUCAAUUCCUCUGCAAGGAUUAGCAUCAUACUUAUGUGGUGAACACAAACCAAAACACGCCAUCUACACAGUCUCCUCGAUUCUGGUCGUCAGCUUUCAGAGCGAUGCUUCCAAGAACGAUGAUGGAUUUGAACUCUACAUCACACGCUUCCAUUCAGUAGGUAUCUGUGAGGAGAACGAGUUUCGAUGUAACCGCGGACCAUGCAUCGCCAAGAGUCUUCACUGUGAUGACCAUGACCAGUGUGGGGAUGACUCGGACGAGUGUGCGUGCGAGUCCGGGAUAGUGGGUGUUCUAAUUGGAGCCAUCUGUCUCGGGUCUUUCCUCACCAUCAUCACUAUAUGUUGCUGUUGUUUCAAAAAUCGAUCAUGUAACAGAUCGAGGACACAAGGAAGGAUCAUACCUCCAUUUAAGGGAGGUAAAAUUCACUCAACGUCAUCCAAUCAUGAGGACAAAACAAAAGUGACUUCUCCAGAGAUGAUUUUAACCAUGCAUACGCCGGCACAGGUACCACCCCCUUACCUAUUGUCACCGCCAGCAUACACAGCUGUGUCCGAUUUCACUGUAGUGGACCAAAGUGGUGGACCACUGCCCGUGAAAACUCCCAUCAGCUAGGACUUGUUUCAGUUAAAAAUUUGCAUCUGCUUAUCGUACAAAUUUAGAAUUUGUAAUCAAAGUCUAAUUGAGAAAUGCCUGUAUACCGUAUAUCAGAUUUUUUCCGUGUCAUGUUUUUUUCCACGAAUCAGAACCUAAAACAGUAUAUUAAAUUUACGCGAAUCAAUUUUUUACUAUUUCAAAGUCAUAGCGAAAAUAUAAUUCACGAUUAUCUAAACUUAUGAACGAAUUAGGGGUAAAAGCCGGUAUUUGUACGUACAACUCUUAAUGUGUUAUCCAAAAAUUCAGUCAAUGAAACAAUUUACAGGAUUUCUGAGUUACUGUCGUAAUUAUAAUCAAAUCUCAAUAAGGAUGAUAUUCCCGCUUCUAUGAAUCCAUCUCUGAUGAUUCCGGGUUUUGUUCGCAUGUAAUCAUAGAGCUUUGUCAGCCAUUUUGCUCCAAGUGGCUUCAUCCGGGUUAGAGAUCAAUUGAACUGCAUCUCGUCAAUUUCGGAAGACACGCACAUACCUGUGCUGCGCACCAGUUUUCAAAAACAAUUGUUCACUUUUGUUUACACUCAAGUAUAUUGUAAAUAUGUACAAUUUGGAAGUAUAGUAAUGUAAAUCACUGUUGGUUAGCUAGAAUGGUACUAGUACAAAACAUUCAUCGAUAAUUAUUUUCAGUUUAAAACGGCCAUACACCAUGUACCGUUACAUCUGUACAAGUAUGAGUCGCUCAGGUGUAAUUAUACAUUGAUUGAAGCACAGACCGUGGCCCAUUUAAUUAGCUUGUCCUUUCUCAAAUAAACAUCGAGGCUUACAUACCCGUCACCUGGCGCUUGUCGGAUAUAGGGGGAAACAAAACACACUGAACACAGAACUUUCACCGCAUUAUUAUCUGUAUGCUACUCUAUUACAAAAAACAAAGCUUUGUAUCAAAUUUACGCGAAUUUAUUUUCCGCGAUUCAGAAAUCGUCGCGAACAAAGCGGAAAUUAGAUACACGCGGAAAAAACCCUGAUACACGAUAUCAAUGCUAAAAGUAUAAAUGUUACUUGUGUUUGAAGUAAAGACAAUGGCAUCAUAUCUGUUGAUUACCUGUGAUACAAACUAUGAAAAUGUUAUUAUUAAAAAUAUCUGGUGAAAUGGAAACACAUACAUACAAUCAUGCUUAUUCUUUUUUAUGUUUUCAUUCGUUAUUCUUUUUUUUUCUUUCUUACAAAACACUAUGUUUACUUGUGAAUUAUCUAAAUAUAGGAUGUUAUUAAACAGAAAAUUUACUGAC